GCACGGCCACCGAUGGUGGAGUGGAGGGCACGAGGAACAAUUAGGAGGCCGGAGGUUGUCCUGCGGGUGAAGGAGAAUGAAGUACAAUAUCUGAAGAAGGAGAUUCAGUGCCUCAGGGAUGAGCUGCAGGCUCUGCAGUGGGAUAAGAAAUACGCCACGGAUAGGUACAAAGACAUUUAUACAGAACUGAGUGUCAUUAAGGUACGGACUGAGCAGGAUCUCUCUCAGCUGAAAGAACAGCUUGUGUUGGCGAUGGCUGCUCUGGAGGAGAAAGAAUCUGUACUAAACAGCGUUGAAAAAUGAAGGUGUGUCCGGGUCGCUGUGAGCUGGCGCCAUGGUGGGAUUUGAAAGUAUUGUAGACUGACAGCCCGUAACAGGCUAGGAAGGAAGUGUAAAGUCUUGCAUUGUCCUCUGCAGGAGAAGACAACCCUAGGUUUGCUCUUCAGGUGGAAGUUAAAGAUCCUCGGACAUUGUUCUAACCCAGUCAACAAUUCUCCAGAUAAAUUGAUUGUUCACCAAAUAGCUAUUUGUUGUGCGUGUGAUGCUUACCAAUAAGUACAGUCAUUACACUUGUUAUUGUGAUG